UUCGGCGAUAGAGCAGGUCGGAGCUGGGGGCGGAUGCGGUUUGAGAGGGCGAAGUUUGAGUCGAAGAUUGCAGGCUUUUUGCCUCGGCAACGGCGGAGUGGAGCUGGGUCAGGGGCGGAGUUUUAAGGCCAGUCCUCGGGUUCUGGUCUCUGAUUGAGCGGGGCGGCUCCUGGGGCGGAUCCCGGGGCGGGUCCAGCUUUGCUUUUGACAGCUCUCUCGCGCACAGCCGCAGCCGAAUCCGAUAGGUUUGGGAACCUGUGGCCCCGCUCUCCGCGCGUCCCCGUUCCCCCGUGGCCCUGGCCCCGGCCAUGCAGCGCAUCUUCUCCUGCUCCAGCUCACAGGUGGCGGUGGAGAGAUGGAACCGCCGUGAUCAGAAGCUGCUGGAGGCAGUGCAGCGGGGGGACGUGGGACGCGUGGCUGCCCUGGCCUCCAGGAAGUCGGCCCGACCCACCAAGUUAGACUCAAACGGCCAGUCCCCGUUUCAUCUGGCAGCAUCCAAAGGCUUGACGGAAUGUCUGACUAUACUGCUUGCAAAUGGGGCUGACAUCAACAGCAAGAAUGAGGACGGAGGCACCGCCCUGCACUUGGCCACCAUCUCCUGCCAGCCACAGUGUGUCAAGGUCCUGCUGCAGCAUGGUGCCAAUGAAGAUGCUGUGGAUGCAGAAAAUCGUAGUCCAUUGCACUGGGCAGCCUCCUCUGGCUGUGCCUCAAGUGUGCUCCUGUUGUGUGACCACGAAGCCUUUCUGGACGUCCUGGAUAAGGAUGGACGUACACCCCUGAUGAUUGCAUCACUGGGUGGUCACACAGCUAUCUGCUCACAGCUACUACAGAGAGGCGCCAGAGUUAAUGUCACGGACAAGGAUGACAAAUCGGCUCUGAUCCUGGCCUGUGAGAAAGGCAGCGCUGAGGUGGCUGAACUGCUCCUGAGCCAUGGAGCGGAUGCAGGGGCGGUGGACAGCAUGGGGCAUGAUGCUCUGCAUUAUGCUCUACGCACACAAGACAAGGUGCUGUGGAGGCUGCUGCGGCAGGCCCUGAACCGGCGGCGGCAGGGAGGUCAGGGACUAGUUCAACAUCCAGAUCUUGCAUCUCAGGCCUCUCCAUCUGAGCCUCAGGUGGGUUCUCCACCAAAGAGCCCAUGGAGAGCGGAGGCUGAGGAGGAGCAGGAAGAAGAGGAGGAUGAAGAAGACCCAUGCUCAGAUGAGUGGAGGUGGAAGUAUGAAGAGGAGCAAAGGAAAGUUUCUCAGUUGGAGCAGAAGCUGAUACGAAAGACAGAAGAGUGUAAAGCUCAAGCUGCAGCUUACUUGGGCCUGGAGAACCAGAUUCGAGAGCAGGUGCAGGAGCUGGGGUUCCUUCUAUCCCAAGAGCCUGGAGCUCCAGGAGAGCAGGGCACUAGUCUCUGGCCUGGAGGAGAUGGCAUGGAGCAGGGUUGUCCCCUGGACCUGCUGGCUAAGCACAUACAAGAGCUAAAGAAGCAGCAGCGAGCAACAGCUGCAGCCACAGCAAACCCAGUAUUAGCUUCCAAGAAGGCAGAGGAUUCAGCCCCAGGGGAGAUCCAGUAUGAAGCCCAUGUGAAGUCCCAAACAGAAGAACAGGGGCCACCCCAGAGCCCAAGGUCUGAUACCAUUGGGAAAACCACAGGACAGCAACUUACCACCAAUGGUGGACAGUCCCUUGGCCCUGAUCAUACUGACCAGCAGCAUGCUGACUGGAAGGAGAGGCCCCAGACCCCAAGGGCUGAACCAAUAGGCACAGAGGCUGAACCAGUGGGCACAGCAGCCAUGAACCAGCUCCUGCUACAACUAAGGGAGGAGCUGGCUGCAGUGUGGCGAGAAAAGGAUGCUGCCCGGGGGGCUUUGUCAAGACCCGUCUUGGAGGGAGCUCUGGGGACACCCCGGGCUGAGGCUGCAGCAGCUGCCUGGGAGAAGAUGGAAGCCAGGUUGGAGCGGGUGCUGGUGAGGCUGGAUUGGGCAAAGGCAGGACUACAGAUGAAACCUGAGGCCCCUGCCCAGGAGCCCAGAAAGGGAGCCCCAAAGGCAGGCCUAGGGACCAUCGCCAAAGAGGAUGAAGGAAGGGAGAAAAGGGUUCUUGGGGCCCAGGGACAGCCUCUAUGGGUGCCUGGAGGGGAACAGAUGCCUGGAGGAGGCCUGGCAAAGGGACAGCUGGAGAAGGAGGUAUCAGCACUGAGACUGAGCAACAGUAACUUGCUGGAGGAAUUGGGAGAGCUGGGGCAGGAGCGGCAGCGGUUGCAGAGGGAGCUGCAGUCACUGAGCCAGCGGCUGCAGCGGGAGUUCGUGCCCAAACCAGAGGCACAGGUCCAGCUACAGCAGUUGAGGCGGAGUGUGGGGCUGCUGACAGAUGAACUGGCAAUGGAGAAGGAGGCCACGGAAAAGUUGCGGAAACGCCUGGCCUCCCAGAGCAGUGGCCUCCAAGGGCUGUGGGACUGCCUUCCCCCAGAUCUAGUGGGCAAGGGGAGCGCACGAGGCACAGUGGCUGAGCCCUUGGAGGAGCUGCAGGCCUGCAUCAGCACCCUGGUGGACAGGCACUGUGAGGCACAGCAGGUGCUGGCUAGGUUGGAGGAGGAAAAUCAGCAGCUGCGGGGGUCCUCUGCCACACGUGCAGAGCCAGGCUCCUCCUCAAAGGACCCAGCAUCCCCCCAAGUGGCUGCACUGGAGCAAGACUUGGGGAAGCUGGAGGAAGAGCUGCGGGCUGUUCAGGCCACAAUGAGUGGGAAGAGCCAGGAGAUCGGGAAGCUGAAGCAGCUGCUUUACCAAGCCACAGAGGAAGUGGCUGAGCUGAGGGCCCGGGAGGCAGCCAGCCUGCGGCAGCAUGAGAAAACUCGGGGCUCACUAGUGGCCCAGGCCCAGGCUUGGGGUCAGGAGCUAAAGGCUCUGCUAGAAAAGUAUAACACAGCGUGCAGGGAAAUGGGUCGGCUUCGGCAGGCUGUGGCGGAGGAGCGCCGCAAGAGUGGAGACCUGGCUGCACGGGCUGCUGAGCAGGAGCGACAGGCCAGUGAGAUGCGCGGGCGCUCAGAUCAGUUUGAGAAAACAGCGGAGCUGCUGAAAGAGAAGAUGGAGCAUCUCAUUGGGGCUUGCCAGGACAAGGAGGCCAAGAUCAAGGAAUUGUUGAAGAAGCUGGAGCAGCUUUCAGAGGAGGUCCUAGCAGUUCGGGGAGAAAAUGCUCGCCUUGCCCAGCAGCUGCAGGAGUCCCAGAAGAACCACGAAGAGAUCAUCUCCACCUACAGGAAUCAUCUGCUGAAUGCUGCUCAGGGCUACAUGGAACAAGAUGUGUACCAUAUCCUACUGCGAAUCCUCAGCAUGCAGGAGGAGUGAGGCAGCCUGUGCCCUGAGGGAUUCAGGAUUUCUCUGUUGGAACAAGAGCAUUCCUUGUUGCCAGAGGCUCCAUCAGGCUGUGGUGGGUGGGCGGUUGGCUACUAGGGGUGGUAUGGGUAGGGCUUCACCUGACAUUAUGGACCCCAGACCUGAGAACCUGAAGCCUAGAAUCAGCAUGGAUGAGACCAGCGGAGGUGUGGAUGGAAGACAUCUCUAUGGAAAAUAAAGCAGGAGGCAGGAUGGU